GAAAUUUUCUCAGCCGCAGCGAGACGCAUAAAGGUGCGCGAGCUCCUAACUGUCUUUUUUUUGUGUCCGGAAGGAAAACAAACAGAAAAUAUUUCCGUUAGAAACCUGAGUAUGAGCUCAGAGGUGGUGAAUGAUGAGAACCAGGGCGCUCUGUCCUCACGCAAACGCGUCCUGUCAGAAUCGGCCGCUGACAUUUUUGCUCUGGAUCAGCCCACGGGCAGACCGUCGAUCCUGAGACAGUCUCAGCUGGAGAACGUUCACAAAAACAUCCCUAAAGGAAUGAAGGUUUGUUUCCAGACUCCGCUCAGAGAUCCAGUUACGAAAAAGAUCAUGUCACCGAGUCGUGUUGGUAAAACGGCGACUCUGGAUGACUGCGCUAAGGCCCUGGAGUGUCUGACGCUCACGUCACCCGCACCGCACAGCACCUCCGCGCUCCCGGUCGACGCUCCCACUAAAACGGACUCGUCCUUCCCUGAUGAUGACAUGCCCAUUCAGAGCACAGGAGACUACAACGUGGACUUUGACAACCUGGACUCCGUGAAUCCCUUCCAGAGCUCCAGUAAAAUGACCCUUUCUCCACCCAAACCUGCCACCCUGCUGUCCGACCCACUCGCUCUGACGGAGCCGGCAUCUGCUACCGAAGAUGCGCAAACCAUGUCUUUGGAUGAGACCCUCCCUUUUAUUCCGUCUGUAGAGAGUUCCCUGGCAGACUUCUCAGCAGACGGCACCUCCACGGACAGCACGGUGAUCAUCGAGCCGAGGCAAACGACUCUCGUGGAUCACGGCGCCGACGAUACGGCGAACGAGGUUCCUGAACCAGUUAGCGAAGAUGUAGUUUCAGUUUCACUCCCUAAAGGAUCCUACGAGAUUGAUUUUGAGAAUCUUGACACUGUGGACCCUUUUAAAAGUGGCGCAUCAAAAAUCCAGAACUCUCCUCCGGUCUCCAGGAAAUCACCCGUUCUCAGUCCAGUACCGUGUAAAGUCGAGGACGCGAGCUCAGGAGCGAAAGACGUCAAGGUGACUAGCGAACAAGAAGAUAAACUCUCCACCGUGGAAAAGCCUAGCCUUACAGAGGUGAGCUCUGACACCGCUGCCCCUUCAACAGCUCCUCAAAAAGAGGCUCCCGUGGUGCUGGAGUUCAACUUUGACGACGGAGCUGAAGUCAAACGCAAACCUCCACCCAAACGACUCGGCUUAAAACGGCCUCCGCUUUCCAAAACGAAAUCCGACGCGACGAGACCAGCAUCCGCUCCGGUCGUGAAGAAAAGUCCAGAAAUUAAACCCAAGUCAUGCGACGAGACGAUGGAAAUUCCACCAGCGAGAGGCUCCUACACUAUCGACUUGGAUCAAUUCAACGAUCCAAACUUCAAUCCGUUCGGUACAUCGGUAACCAUGCACGGUUCUCCUCCUCGUAACGAUCCAAGCUCCACCAGUCCAGUAAAGACAGAAAUCCAGGACAGCGCUGUGGAGAACCGCACACACGGGUCAGUCGGUUGUCCUUCGUCUGAAUCCGAGAAGGCGGCAGAAGCUGAACCAUCAUUCGAGGCAGCAGAAGAACCAGAGCCCAAACCUACUAGUGAACCCCACCAGCCGUGUGUUCUGGGUGUUCCAAAGCCACAGAAGAUGGAGGAACAGGUUUUACCCUGCACGCUGACCCAGAGCAUGCCGUUUGACACCACUGCAGCCGAUGAUGAGUUUGUUCCCGGCUCCAUGUUCGUACCGAGUGACCUGGACGGACAGAUUGAUUAUCUGGAGCAGUUUGGGUCAUGCAAUUUUAAGGAAUCUGCUCUGCGUAAGCAGUCCCUCUAUCUAAAGUUUGACCCCCUGCUGAAGGAAAGCCCAAAGAAAGCAGCCGUGGACAACUCCCUCUGCGGGCUCAGUCUGCCUCGUCCCUCUCUGGCCAUCCGGAUGAUGGAGGCUGCGAGGUCUGAGGUCAGGCAGAAAUCUCAGGACGGAACAAAGCUGCUGGAGGACUUUCCUCCACCGGCAGCACCGCCUGUGGUUCAGGACCCCAGUGUGCUGGAUCUGCUGGUGCCGACGCUGACGCAGGCUCGGGGGAGUGAGGAGGUCAUCGUGGACAUGCUGAAGUACACACAGAAUGACAUGGACGCCGCUCUGGAAAAGACCCGAAAACAGGCAGAGGAGAAAGAGGCAGAGCUGAAGGUUCAGAUUGAAAAGAUGACUCUGGAUAAUCAGCACAUGUCGAUGAUCGUGUCCGAGUUUGAGGCCAUCAUUGCCCAGAUCACAGCCGAGCACAAGCAGAAGGAGGAGCUGGCGCAGGCCGAGCUCAGCAGAGCGCUGCAGGAGAAACAGCAGCUGGCUAAAGAUCUGAGCGACCUGGAACGCUCCUUUUCUGACGUCGUCAAGCGCCUGGACCGGCGCAAGGAAGUCAUUGACGGCUUCAAGAAGAACGAGGAGACGCUGAAACAGUGCGCUCAGAGCUACUUGGCCAGACUGCAGAAGGAGGAGCAGCGUUAUCAGAUGCUCAAAACUCAUGCAGAGGAGAAAAUCGACCAGGCGAAUAAAUGUAUAGCAGAGGUGCGCACUAAGAUGGGAUCGGAGGUUUCUGCCCUUCAGGUGCAGCUGAGGAGGGAGCAACUGAAAGUGCAGUCACUGGAGAAGAACCUGGAGCAGAAGACGAAGGAAGUGGAAGACGUCACCAAGCUGUGUGAUGAGCUGAUAGCGAAAGUGCAGCAGCAUUGAGCAGCUUCUUUAUUCGUGUCUCUGUCUGUGUUUGUGUGUGUCUUUAUUUUUGUGCUUUGUAUACUGACUGAAUUAAGAGACUUUUACUGUGUAACACUGACUUCUUUCAGUGAAAGGUUUAAAAUAAACAGCUUCUUCUGCAUUAAACGACCAACAA